GUCACUGUCAAUGUCAAAGUAUGUUAUGUCACAGUGGUAAAAGAGCGAAUGUUUGAUAUUCAAACAAGAAAUAUUACAUGUAUAACAGAAAUUUAAAACAAUUAAGUGAAUUAGCAGGAAGAAUGUUAAAAAAUUUCAGGCAUACCUUCAGAACAGUGUCUGGAUUCACACGAAACAAUAGUAGUGACGUAGCGGCAAGUCAAAAUGGCUUAAUAUAUUGUAGCAAUGUUGUAAAACAGCACGACUAUGAAAACUUUUUGGCAACUCUGCUUAUGACAAAAGCGAUUCGCACUCCUGCACUAGUUGUAAGAGCAUUUAAUGUCGAAGUGGCAAGGGUUCAGGAUCAAACAAGCGAUCCACAGACGGCAGCUUUCAGAGUUCAAUUCUGGUUGGAUAUACUAAAUGACAUCUAUAAAAAGGAACAGAAUAUUAGCAAGAUUCCUGCCAAUCCUGUUGCAAAAGAAUUGUUUAAGAUAUGUAAAUGUUAUAAUCUACCAAAGAGACAUUUAGAGAAACUUGUGUUAUCAAGGAGUAGUUUAUUAAAAUCAAGGUACUUUAGAACAUUGGAAGACAUUGAAAAAUAUGCUGAUGAUACAGUAUCUUCAAUAUAUUACUUGUUGCUUACGGUUGCCGGAGUAGCUGAUAUACAUGCUGACCAUGCUGCAUCACAUUUGGGAAAGUCACAAGGGCUGACCAACAUAUUAAGAUCAGUUCAUGUUUCAAAUCAUCACAAAAUGGUAGCUCUACCAAUGGAUAUUCUGAUGAAGAAUAAAGUGAGUCAGGAAGAGGUGUUGAGGGAGAAAGACAGUGAAGGGAUGAGAAAUGUUGUAUUCGAAGUUGCCAGUAGAGCCUAUAGUCAUUUAGAAAAGGCAAGAAAAAUUCAAACACCAAAAAUAACAAAUCAGAUAUUUCUACCAGCAACAGCUGUAGACUAUUACCUGAACAAACUACAGAAGAAUAAUUUCAAUAUAUUUGACAAAUCAUUGCAUCAUGGAAAUGCAACUUUACCUUUCAAACUCUACUAUAAGAGAUUGGUUAAUAAAUAUUAA